CUAACACCUCACUGCAGGCAAUGGUACCUUUCUACAAUAUACUCCAUGAUGCAGCCAGAGGGACCUUCGUAAAUGCAAAUAUGAUUAUGUUUCUCCCCAGCUUAAAAUCCUUUUGUGUUUCCCCAUAGUCCACAAGGGAACGAAGAAACACCACCAACAGCGUCCACAUGGCCCUUCAUGACAUGGCCCUGUGGACACAUCAGACGCUCUCUUGCAGGGCCUCAUCCACACUAUCUGUACCACUGCCGGCCUGGAUACGUCAUGGUUUUCAUGGUGCUCUCUUGUGCCUCUUUGCACCUGCAUGCACUGUGUUUCCUACAUGGGAUAUCUGUGUUUACAACCAAACUCCCAGGGGCCAAAUUAUAGCCUUUGUAAAGGACUUCAAACCACCAGGCAUUUGCUGGAAGUUUCACGGAGGAAAACAAGCAUUUUUCAUCUUUUAAUCUGUUUUGCUGGUCAAAGAGGAAAAGGAGUGGAUGGAUCAAGUGGGGCCCAAAAUCUGGAUCUAGUUCUAAUCAACAAGGAGAAAUUGAUGCGCAAUGGGGAAGUGACCUUGGCAUUUUCAACUGGCAGAGCCGGUAAGUUUGGGCACAGUUCAAAUGUGAGUCUGUAGCCACUAGAGAGAGGGGUUUCAAAGUCAUGGAGAAAAGAUGGGGGUGAAUCCUGCACCAAGACUUAUUGAGGAGAGUUCUUGGGAACAGUUACUUUUAGGAUUCCACAGGGAAAUCACUGAGUGAGUUUUACAAAAUACUGCUGCCUGGUUCCCUCCCUCAAGAGACCUUUACUUAAUUGGUUUGGGGUGCAGAGUGGGAAUGUGCAUCUUUAAAAGCAGAAUUCCCAAACUGGAAAGCUCCAAGCUUCCUGCAGGAGACAUUAUUUGAACUGAAUUUUGAAAGAUAAGCUUGCAUGCCAGGAACCUCAUGUAUAUGAAUAGAGGAUAUGAAGGAACGUAAAUAAUUUGAUAUGGCUCUAAAGAAAAGAAGGGAGAAAUCAAGAUGUUAAGAGGCUUACACUCCUUGCUCAAUAGUUUGUAAUGUAUCUUUUUGGAUAAGAGGAUAUUAUAAAGGAUUUUAAAUGAGGUAUAAAAUAAUUAGAAUUGGAAUGUUUACCUGAACUUCAGAGUAGGCAAUAGGUUGGCAUAGCUCAGAACUGUAGGUAGGAAAAUUAAUUGUUUAGGAGAGACAUGAGAUACGACGGAGGUGAGAGAGUAUGGAUAGGAGGAACACAAAUGUGAUAGAAAUAACAAGACUUUUGAUCAUUUAGUUAAAAGAACUGGGGUGGGACACACUCAGGUUUCUGAGAGAUGUCCAGUAGUACACAGGUAACAUUUACGGCUCAAGACAGGUUAGAGAUUUUGAAGAAGUUAAAAGUUGAAACAUGAACCUAUGGAUAUAGUGGAGGUCACACAAGAAGAUCAUAUUAUGGUGAAAAGAGGGCUUAGAAUGGGAGGAAAGGAAGCAGGAUACCAAGCAAAGGAGUCAGGAAAGAAGGGAAGGGUGCUCUGGAAAUCCUGGGAAGGUCAAAGAGGAAAGGGCUAAAUGUCACCAACAAACAAAAUGAAAAAAGACCUGGGAUGUAUUUUUUGGCCAAGGCAAUUGGAAAAUGAUUAGUAUCCUUAUCAGGAGCAAUUUCAGAGAAUGUUUGGGUCGAUGUCUAACUACAGUGGAGUCAAACGUGAAUCAAUGGUGAAAAAAGGACAAUAACCAAUGUGUACACUUUUUAUAAAAACCACCCUCCAAGGACCAGGCACUGGCCCUCUCUCCGGUGCCCGCAGACAUCCACACAGGCCCAAAGAAUCAGGGAUCGCACAGGCCAGCGCGAUCGAAUGGUUCUAAGUCAUCUGCCAGAAGCCUUGCCCUCAAUCUAGGCGGACAUGAAGCAUCUACAAAGGAGGAAUAGUCGAAGCAACCAUGGCAGCGGCAGCGGCGGCAGCAGCAGCAGCAGCAGCAGCAGCAGCAGCAGCAGCAGCAGCAGCAGCAGCAGCAGCAGCAGCAGCAGCAGCAGCAGCAGCAGCAGCAGGAGGUGGGGGCCUCUGCCAGGUACCUGGCGGGGCAGGCACACAGGUGCCCAGGUUCCCGUGGCGGCCACCUCUUCCCUGGAAUGGAAAAAUGAAAAAGCAGGGUGGUAGCUACAAGGUAUAAAAGGUAAAGAAAGGACGUUUGUUUUUAGUAUGAGAUAUUGAGCAUAUUUACGUGCUAAGACUUUGCAAAAUAGUGAAGAGACUAAGGAUGUAGGAUCAAAGGUUACUCAUGCACUUAUGUCCUGGGAAGGAGGAGGUCUACUUCCUUCCCUAAAACAGAGGGUUAGGAUAAGCUAAAUCUAGUCAAGGGGACAGUUGGCCACUCCUCCAUGGUGGGGGUAGAGUGGAAACCCUUGACGUAUGGAUGUUUCAGAUUAAAACCUUCCCUUCAUUACCACUUGCCUUGAGACCCUGAGAACUAGUCCCUGUGUACUUUUUAUCCCAAUCGUGUUCAGUCAAAGACAUGUUAGGGCUGAGAUUUUUGAAAGAUAUUCCAGAGUAAGGACCCUCUGAAAAGUAGGGGUCUAAUACAGACCUGAAGUGGCAAAGACUACUUUUCAAAAUUGUUCUGUGAGGCUGUAAACUUGAGUGUCCAUGUCUAUCUCUGAUUCCUGUUUAGCCUGCCCAGUUCCUCUCCGGAAGCAGAACAGCACAGACUUUGCGAUAUGGGAUAGCUGGGUUUGAACCAAAACUUGGCUCUUUGAACCUCUAUGCAGACACUGAGGAGCACUGUUUUGUAAAAAAUAGGGUUGAGAGUAGCAUUCUUGUGCGUUUGCUUUCAGCAAGAUACUGGGAGGAAUGCUUGCCACCAGAUGGUAUCACUGCAGUUUUAAAAAACAAAAACCUAGGAUGUUAAAUAGCAGAACUUUUAUAAUACUUUGUAAUAAGCAGGAAAGCAGCCAUCAGUCUUUUGAAAAAUGCUGACUUUCUCGUUAUCUCAUACAAGUGUACUCUAAAAAAAGAAUUAAUUACACACUUGCAUUUUUUCUUCUUUUGUAAAAGGCUACUGUUCCCUCCUGUGCUGACCUUUUCUGUGAAAAGAGGCUGUCAGUAGCGGAAUACCUAGUAAAGGUUUUUGAAAAAAAUACAAUUGAACGCCUUUCAGGUAAAUGUGCAUGAGGAAUGAACUGCUCUUUGAAAGUCUGGGGUCAUCAUUUUGAGAACCCCUCCUGGGAUAUUUUUCCAUAAUCGUAUGAUUUUGUUGUUAAAAAUUGUUAAAAUUCUCAUAUAAGAACACUUUAAAAACGUGGAAAUGUAGGUUUCUAAUCUUCAUAAAAAUCUUCCAAAAAGAAUAGGUUUGGUGGGCUUCAAACUGUUGAAAUAUAAAAAUUAAAUUAUUUUUAAAAACUGGUUUCAAGAGGAUAGAUUUUUACUAAUUAGAUUCCAAUCAAAUAUCUUUGAGUGAUUAGUAUAUGGACUGAAAAUCAAGUGUCAAGGUUUAAUAAGUACAACCAAUGCUGUCUUUAUUCCAUUUAAAUCUGUCCAUUUCCUGAGACCUUUUCCCCCAUGAUAGCUGUCAAUCCAAAUUUAAAUUUAUGUUUUAUCGCAUUUAGAAUACAUUAGUACUGAGCACAUUAUUACGUAUAAAUUCAUAGCGAUCCACUGGGGAUGCGUGUCAAAACUUGUGUUGAUGGGUGUCACGCCAAAACAGCUUGGAAACUGCUGACUUCAGCAACUUUAACCUCUGGUUUUGCCUUUAGUUAAUUUUCAAAGUUAAGUCCUCACUUUGAGAGUGCUCUUGCAUAUACACACCCGAAACACGAAUACUGAACAUACUAACCAGGAAAACAAACCAAUCUCCUAUUGAGCAAAGCCUUCCACAACCACCCUCCAAGGACCAGGAGUGGCCCUCUCUGCGGUGCCCGCAGACAUCCACACAGGCCCAAAGAAUCAGGGAUUGCACAGGCUAGCGCAAUCGAACGGUUCUGAGUCAUCUGCCGGAAGCCUUGCCCUCAAUCAAGGCGGACGUGAAGCAUCUACAAAGGAGGAACAGUCGAAGCAGCGGCGGCAGCAGCAGGAGGUGGGGGCCUCUGCCAGACCUUCUCUGAUGGAUGACCUCUGUGAAGCAAAUGGUACUUUUGCCAUCAGCUUAUUUAAAAUAUUGGGGGAAGAGGACAACUCAAGAAACGUGUUCUUCUCUCCCAUGAGCAUCUCCUCUGCCCUGGCCAUGGUCUUCAUGGGGGCAAAGGGAAGCACCGCAGCCCAGAUGUCCCAGGCACUUUGUUUAUACAAAGAUGGAGAUACUCACCAAGGUUUCCAGGAACUUCUCAGUGAAGUUAACAGAACUGGCACUCAGUACUUGCUUAGAACUGCCAACAGACUCUUUGGAGAAAAGACGUGUGAUUUCCUUCCAGACUUUAAAGAAUCCUGUCAGAAGUUCUAUCAGGCAGAGCUGGAGGAGCUGUCCUUUGCUGAAGAUGCUGAAGAGUGCAGGAAACAUAUAAAUGACUGGGUGGCAGAGAAGACUGAAGGUAAGAUUUCAGAGGUACUGGAUGCUGGGACAGUCAAUCCCCUGACAAAGCUGGUCCUUGUGAAUGCCAUCUAUUUCAAGGGAAAGUGGAAUGAGCAAUUUGACAGAAAGUUCACACGGGGAAUGCUCUUUAAAACCAAUGAGGAAAAAAAGACAGUGCAGAUGAUGUUUAAGGAAGCUACAUUUAAAAUGGGGUAUGUGGAUGAGGUGCACACCCAGGUCCUGGAGCUCCCCUAUGUGGAAGAGGAGCUGAGCAUGGUCAUUCUGCUUCCCGAUGACAACACGGACCUCGCCGUGGUGGAAAAAGCCCUUACAUAUGAGAAAUUCAAAGCCUGGACAAAUUCAGAAAAGUUGACAAAAAGUAAGGUUCAAGUUUUCCUUCCCAGAUUAAAGCUGGAGGAGAGUUAUGACUUGGAGCCUUUCCUUCGAAGGUUAGGAAUGAUCGAUGCUUUUGAUGAAGCCAAGGCAGACUUUUCUGGAAUGUCAACUAAGAAGAAUGUGCCUGUGUCCAAGGUUGCCCACAAGUGCUUUGUGGAGGUCAAUGAGGAAGGCACGGAGGCUGCUGCAGCCACUGCUGUGGUCAGGAAUUCCCGGUGCAGCAGAAUGGAGCCAAGAUUCUGUGCAGACCACCCUUUCCUUUUCUUCAUCAGGCACCACAAAACCAACUGCAUCUUGUUCUGCGGCAGGUUCUGUUCUCCGUAAAGAGGAACAAUUGCUGUACGUGUCCUCCUUUCCUUCUACCCACCUUGCCUUAAUUAACGUUCCAUGUGACCUAGUUGGUGCAGUGGCUUAAAUGCCAAAAUAAAGUGUGUGCACUAGA